UUCCGAUACAAUGGGUUCUCGUUUGUCUACCUUAUCUACCUCUUGCUCAUUCCUCUAUUCUCAGAACCAACAAAAGAAACAAUGCAAGGACAUACAGGGAGACUAUUAAAGUCUCUGUGCUUCACCAGUUUCUCCUUCCUGUUGCUGCACAUCAUUUUCCAUAUCACAUUGGCUAGCCUGGAAGCUCAACACCAUAUUGCACCUGGUUACAACUGCUCAACAUGGGAAAAGACAUUUCGGCAGAUUGGCUUUGAAAGCUUAAAGGGAGCUGAUGCCGGCAAUGGAAUCAGAGUGUUUGUGCCUGAUAUUGGGAUGUUCUUUGCUAGUCUGACCAUCUGGCUCGUCUGCAGAAACAUUGUUCAGAAACCAGUGACAGAAGAUGCAGCACAAUAUAACCUGGAAUUUGAAAAUGAAGAAUUGAAUGGAGGAGAAAAAAUAGAUUCAGAGGAGGCACUGAUAUAUGAAGAAGAUUUAGAUGGAAGAGAUGGUGUUGAAGGCGAUUUAGAAGAAAGCACAAAAUUAAAAUUGUUCCGCAGGCUUGCCUCUGUAGCAUCCAAGCUGAAAGAGUUUAUUGGCAACAUGAUAACCACUGCUGGGAAAGUUGUGGUGACAAUUCUACUUGGUUCAUCAGGUAUGAUGUUGCCAUCUUUGACCUCAUCUGUGUAUUUCUUUGUGUUUUUGGGUCUAUGCACCUGGUGGUCUUGGUGCCGGACUUUUGACCCAUUGCUCUUCAGCUGUCUAUGUGUUCUGCUGGCUAUUUUCACUGCUGGACACUUGAUUGGGCUUUACUUAUACCAGUUCCAAUUCUUUCAAGAAGCAGUUCCACCCAGUGACUACUAUGCAAGGUUAUUUGGUAUCAAAUCAGUCAUUCAGACAGACUGCUCCAGUACUUGGAAGAUCAUAGUAAACCCUGACCUGUCUUGGUACCACCAUGCCAACCCCAUCCUUCUCUUGGUGAUGUACUAUACUCUGGCCACCCUCAUCCGUAUCUGGCUACAAGAGCCCCUAGUGCAGGAUGAGGGGACCAAGGAAGAGGACAGAACCUUGGCUUGUAGCCCCAUCCAAAUCACGGCCGAGAGACGGAGAAGCCUGUGGUAUGCAACCCAUUACCCAACUGAUGAGCGAAAACUUUUAUCCAUGACCCAAGAUGACUACAAACCAUCUGAUGGUCUGCUGGUGACUGUGAAUGGCAAGCCGAUGGACUACCACGCCAUCCACCCACGGCUCCCAAGGGAGAAUGGCCCAGCCAAGGCUGACACGUACUCCACGCCUCAGUACCGUUGGGAGACCUCCACCGAGGCUGCAGAAAAGAAAGAAGAGAACAAAAAAGAAGAAUUUGAAGAGGAAAGGAGCUAUGAGGAAAAAAGAAGUGUUAAAGUUCACGCCAUGGUCUCUGUGUUCCAGUUUAUUAUGAAACAGAGUUACAUUUGUGCUCUUAUAGCUAUGAUGGCUUGGAGUAUUACCUACCACAGCUGGUUGACGUUUGUGUUGUUGAUUUGGUCCUGCACUCUUUGGAUGAUUCGCAACAGAAGAAAAUAUGCAAUGAUCAGUUCUCCAUUCAUGGUUGUUUAUGGGAAUCUAUUGCUGGUAUUGCAGUAUAUAUGGAGUUUUGAACUUCCUGAAAUUAAAAAAGUUCCAGGAUUUUUAGAAAAGAAAGAGCCAGGAGAACUUGCCUCAAAGAUUCUUUUCACUAUUACUUUUUGGCUACUCCUGAGGCAGCACCUUACAGAGCAAAAAGCUCUUCAACAAAAGGAAGUUCUUUUAUCUGAAGUCAAAAUUGACAGUCAGGAAAAUGAAGAAAAAGAGGAUGAGCUACAAGAUACAGAAGUGGAAGGGGAGUCCAAAGUGAAGGAGGAAGAAGAGGAAGCAAAGGAAGAGAAACAAGAAAGAAAAAAAGAAGAGGAAGAAGUAGAAGAAGAUGACCAGGACAUCAUGAAAGUGCUGGGAAAUUUGGUGGUGGCCAUGUUCAUUAAGUACUGGAUUUAUGUCUGUGGAGGAAUGUUCUUCUUUGUCAGCUUUGAGGGUAAAAUUGUAAUGUACAAAAUCAUCUACAUGGUGCUGUUCCUAUUCUGUGUGGCCUUGUAUCAGGUGCACUAUGAAUGGUGGAGGCGAAUUCUAAAAUACUUUUGGAUGUCCGUGGUUAUUUACACUAUGCUGGUGCUUAUCUUUAUCUAUACCUAUCAGUUUGAAAACUUCCCAGGACUGUGGCAAAAUAUGACUGGAUUGAAAAAAGAAAAGCUUGAGGAUCUUGGCUUAAAACAAUUUACUGUAGCUGAACUCUUUACUCGCAUAUUCAUCCCCACUUCCUUCCUGCUAGUGUGCAUUUUGCACCUCCACUACUUCCAUGACCGAUUCCUGGAACUCACAGACCUCAAAUCCAUUCCCAGAAAAGAAGACAACACCAUCUACAGACUGGCUCAUCCUGAAGGCAGCCUUCCUGACCUAGCCAUGAUGAACCUGACUGCCAGCCUGGAGAAGCAGGAAGGGAAGAGGGCAGAGGAUUCUGGAGAGGAGACACCAGAGGACAGCUCUGAGAACAUGGAGCAGGACAAACCUGGGAAAGAUAGUGAGGAGUCUGAGGAAGAUGACGAUGAAGAGGAGGACUCGGAGGAGGAGGAAGAAACAUCAGAUCUAAGGAACAAAUGGCACCUGGUGAUUGACCGCCUCACUGUGCUUUUCUUGAAGUUCCUGGAGUACUUUCACAAGCUGCAGGUGUUCAUGUGGUGGAUUUUGGAGCUGCACAUCAUCAAAAUUGUCUCAUCCUACAUUAUCUGGGUUACUGUGAAAGAGGUGUCUCUGUUCAACUAUGUAUUUUUGAUCUCUUGGGCUUUUGCUCUGCCAUAUGCCAAGCUGCGCCGUCUGGCUUCAAGUGUCUGCACUGUCUGGACAUGUGUGAUCAUUGUCUGCAAAAUGUUGUACCAGCUCCAAACCAUUAAGCCUGAGAACUUUUCUGUUAACUGUUCCUUGCCAAAUGAAAAUCAGACAAACAUAGAGCUCGACCAGUUGAACUCAUCGAUACUCUACAGCAGUCCCAUCGACCCCACAGAGUGGGUUGGCCUGAGGAAGUCUUCCCCAUUGCUUGUCUACCUGAGGAAUAAUCUCCUGAUGCUCGCCAUUCUGGCCUUUGAAGUUACAAUUUACCGACAUCAAGAAUACUACAGAAGUAGAAACAACCUUACAGCCCCAGUGUCUAAAACCAUCUUUCAUGACAUUACAAGACUACACUUAGAUGAUGGACUUAUUAAUUGUGCCAAAUAUUUCAUAAAUUACUUCUUCUACAAAUUUGGCUUAGAGACUUGUUUCCUAAUGUCAGUUAAUGUAAUCGGUCAGCGAAUGGAUUUCUACGCCAUGGUCCAUGCCUGCUGGCUGAUCGCUGUCUUGUAUCGACGCAGAAGAAAAGCCAUUGCCGAGAUCUGGCCCAAGUACUGUUGCUUUCUGGCAUGCAUCAUCACAUUCCAGUACUUCAUCUGUAUCGGCAUCCCACCUGCUCCCUGCAGAGAUUACCCAUGGCGAUUCAAGGGUGCCAGCUUCAAUAACAACAUCAUCAAGUGGCUCUACUUCCCUGACUUCAUUGUGCGGCCCAACCCUGUGUUUCUCGUCUAUGACUUCAUGCUGCUUCUGUGUGCCUCCCUACAACGGCAGAUUUUUGAAGAUGAAAAUAAGGCUGCGGUACGCAUCAUGGCAGGCGACAAUGUGGAGAUUUGCAUGAACCUCGAUGCAGCCUCAUUUAGCCAACAUAACCCAGUACCAGACUUCAUUCACUGCAGGUCUUACUUAGACAUGUCCAAAGUAAUCAUCUUCAGCUACCUCUUCUGGUUCGUCCUCACUAUCAUCUUCAUUACGGGAACGACCAGAAUCAGCAUAUUUUGUAUGGGUUACUUGGUGGCCUGUUUUUACUUCCUGCUUUUUGGGGGCGAUUUGCUGCUGAAACCUAUCAAGAGCAUCCUGCGCUAUUGGGACUGGCUGAUUGCUUACAACGUUUUUGUGAUCACCAUGAAAAAUAUACUAUCGAUUGGAGCAUGUGGAUACAUUGAAAGUUUGGUUCACAAUAGUUGCUGGUUGAUCCAGGCAUUCAGCUUGGCCUGCACAGUCAAAGGCUACAAAAUGCCUGAUGAAGACACAUCAUGUAAACUACCCAGUGGGGAGGCAGGAAUUAUUUGGGACAGCAUAUGUUUUGCCUUCCUUCUGCUGCAAAGAAGGGUGUUCAUGAGUUACUAUUUCCUACAUGUUGUGGCCGAUAUAAAAGCCUCACAGAUCCUGGCAUCACGAGGAGCUGAACUUUUCCAGGCCACAAUAGUAAAGGCUGUAAAAGCAAGAAUUGAGGAAGAGAAAAAGUCAAUGGACCAGCUCAAGAGACAGAUGGAUCGCAUCAAGGCCAGGCAACAGAAAUACAAAAAAGGUAAAGAGAGAAUGCUGAGCUUGACCCAGGAGUCGGGGGAAGGCCAGGACAUCCAAAAGCUCUCAGAAGAAGAUGAUGAAAGAGAAGCAGACAAACAGAAAGCCAAGGGCAAAAAAAAGCAGUGGUGGCGGCCUUGGGUUGAUCAUGCUUCCAUGGUCAGAAGUGGAGAUUAUUAUUUGUUUGAAACGGAUAGUGAAGAAGAGGAAGAGGAAGAAUUAAAAAAGGAAGAAGAAGAACCUCCAAGAAGGUCAGCAUUCCAGUUUGUUUAUCAAGCCUGGAUAACUGAUCCUAAAACAGCCCUCCGACAAAGACGCAAAGAGAAAAAAAGAUCCUCCAGAGAAGAACAGAAACGGCGGAGGAAGGGAUCUGGGGAAGGUCCUGUGGAAUGGGAACACCAAGAGGAUGAACCAGUCAAAAAGAAAUCUGAUGGACCAGAUAAUAUCAUCAAGAGGAUAUUUAAUAUUUUGAAAUUUACCUGGGUCCUGUUUCUGGCAACAGUGGAUAGUUUCACAACGUGGCUUAACUCCAUUUCAAGGGAACAUAUUGAUAUAUCCACAGUUCUGAGAAUUGAAAGAUGCAUGCUGACCAGAGAAAUUAAAAAGGGCAAUGUUCCAACUCGGGAGAGCAUCCACAUGUACUACCAGAACCACAUCAUGAACCUUUCCCGAGAGUCAGGCCUAGACACCCUUGAUAAACCCCCUGGUACUGCUGAAGGGUUGCAGGCAGCGCAAAGGAUGGACAGUCUAGAUUCUCAUGACAGUAUCUCCAGUGAGCCCACACAGUGCACCAUGCUGUACUCCCGCCAGGGCACCACAGAGACCAUUGAAGAAGUAGAGGCUGAGCAAGAAGAGGAGGUGGUGGGCCCAGUGCCUGAGCUUGAGGACACAGAUGAUGAAUAUGAGGCCGAGGAUGAGGUGGGAGUCGAGGAGGUCAACCUCACCCCUGACAUCGAGUUGCCGCAGUAUUCUACCAUGGAUGGGGAUGUGGAGGUGCCACCCUCCUACAGCAAGGCUGUCAGUUUUGAGCGCCUCUCCUUUGGCUCCCAGGAGGACUCCAUAGGCAAGAACCACAUGGUAGUCAGCCCUGAUGACAGCCGUACGGACAGACUGGAGUCAAGCAUCUUACCUCCCUUGACACAUGAGCUGACAGCCAGUGAGCUGCUUCUGAACAAGAUGUUUCAUGAUGAUGAACUGGAAGAGUCAGAAAAGUUCUAUAUUGGCCAGCCACGAUUCUUGCUGCUCUUUUAUGCCAUGUACAAUACUCUAGUGGCCCGCUCAGAAAUGGUGUGCUACUUUGUGAUCAUCCUCAAUCACAUGGUCUCUGCCUCCAUGAUCACCCUCGUGCUCCCCAUCUUGAUUUUCCUUUGGGCCAUGCUGUCUGUCCCUAGGCCCAGCAGACGGUUCUGGAUGAUGGCCAUUGUCUACACAGAGGUGGCAAUUGUGGUCAAAUAUUUCUUCCAAUUUGGAUUCUUUCCCUGGAACAAGAACUUGGAACUGAACAAAGACAAACCUUACCACCCACCAAAUAUCAUAGGAGUGGAAAAGAAGGAAGGCUACGUCCUUUAUGACCUCAUUCAGCUCCUGGCUCUGUUCUUCCAUCGAUCUAUUUUGAAGUGUCAUGGCUUAUGGGAUGAAGAUGAUAUCAUUGAGAGUGGCACUGAUAAGGAUGAGUCAGAAGAUGAACUCUCACUGAGUCAUGGCAGAAGGGACUCCUCUGACUCCCUGAAGUCCAUCAACCUGGCAGCCUCAGUGGAAUCAGUGCAUGUACACUUCCCAGAGCAGCAGACUGCCAUCCAGAGGAAGAACUCCAGCUGCAGCUCUCAGGCAUCCCAGAGGUCCAGCUUUUCCUCAAACAAGUCCAAAAGAGGCAGCACAAGUACCCGAAACAGCAGUCAAAAAGGAAGCAGUGUUUUGAGCAUUAAGCAAAAAAGCAAAAGGGAACUCUAUAUGGAAAAGCUUCAGGAACAUUUAAUAAAAGCAAAAGCAUUUACCAUAAAAAAGACUCUACAAAUAUAUGUACCCAUCAGGCAGUUCUUUUAUGACCUCAUCCACCCAGACUACAGCGCCGUGACAGACGUAUAUGUGCUCAUGUUCCUAGCAGACACUGUUGACUUCAUCAUCAUUGUCUUUGGCUUCUGGGCCUUUGGGAAACACUCAGCAGCAGCUGAUAUCACCUCUUCACUCUCAGAGGAUCAGGUCCCAGGGCCAUUCCUGGUGAUGGUUCUAAUUCAGUUUGGAACCAUGGUGGUGGAUCGGGCUCUCUACCUCAGGAAGACUGUGUUGGGAAAGGUCAUUUUCCAGGUCAUUCUUGUGUUUGGAAUCCACUUCUGGAUGUUCUUCAUCUUACCUGGUGUGACUGAGAGGAAAUUCAGCCAGAAUCUGGUUGCUCAGCUUUGGUAUUUUGUGAAAUGUGUUUAUUUUGGAUUAUCUGCCUACCAAAUACGGUGUGGCUAUCCAACACGAGUCCUUGGAAACUUCCUUACAAAGAGCUACAAUUACGUCAACCUCUUCUUAUUUCAAGGGUUCCGCCUUGUUCCAUUUUUAACUGAAUUGAGAGCUGUAAUGGACUGGGUGUGGACAGACACGACCCUGAGCCUUUCCAGCUGGAUUUGUGUGGAGGACAUUUAUGCUCACAUAUUCAUCCUGAAGUGUUGGCGAGAAUCAGAAAAAAGGUACCCUCAGCCUCGGGGACAGAAGAAGAAGAAGGUGGUAAAGUAUGGCAUGGGUGGCAUGAUCAUCGUCCUGCUGAUUUGCAUCGUAUGGUUUCCUCUUCUUUUCAUGUCCUUGAUCAAAUCUGUUGCUGGGGUGAUCAACCAGCCUCUGGAUGUCUCUGUCACAAUCACCCUGGGAGGAUAUCAGCCUAUUUUCACCAUGAGUGCUCAACAAAGCCAGCUGAAAGUUAUGGACCAGCAAAAGUUUAAUCAAUUUUUGCAUACUUUUUCUAAGGACACAGGUGCUAUGCAAUUUCUAGAAAAUUAUGAAAAAGAAGACAUAACAGUUGCAGAACUGGAAGGAAACUCAAAUUCUUUGUGGACCAUCAGCCCUCCCAGUAAGCAGAAAAUGAUACACGAACUCAUGGACCCCAGUAGUAGCUUCUCUGUUGUUUUUUCAUGGAGUAUUCAGAGAAAUAUGAGUCUGGGUGCAAAAGCAGAAAUAGCAACAGAUAAACUCUCUUUUCCUCUUAAAAAUAUUACUCGAGAGCACAUAGCUAAAAUGAUAGCUGGAAACAACACUGAAAGCUCAAAAACACCAGUGACUAUAGAAAAGAUCUACCCUUAUUAUGUGAAAGCACCUAGUGAUUCUAACUCAAAACCUAUAAAGCAACUUUUAUCUGAAAAUAAUUUCAUGAAUAUCACCAUCAUUUUGUCCAGAGACAAUACAACUGAAUCUAACAGUGAAUGGUGGGUUCUCAAUCUAACUGGAAAUAGAAUAUACAACCAGCAUGCUCAGGCCUUGGAGCUGGUGGUCUUCAAUGACAAAGUCAGCCCCCCCAGUCUUGGGUUCCUGGCUGGUUACGGUAUCAUGGGAUUAUAUGCUUCAGUUGUCCUUGUGAUUGGGAAGUUUGUCCGUGAAUUCUUCAGUGGGAUUUCUCACUCCAUCAUGUUUGAAGAGCUUCCAAAUGUGGAUCGAAUUUUGAAGUUGUGCACAGAUAUUUUUUUAGUUCGAGAGACAGGGGAACUGGAACUAGAGGAAGAUCUCUAUGCCAAAUUAAUAUUCCUGUACCGCUCUCCAGAAACAAUGAUCAAAUGGACUAGAGAAAAAACAGAUUGA